GGGGGGUGAAGGCGGCGGCGCGGGGAGCACAAAAUGGCGGCGCCCAGCGCCGGGGCCGGGGAGGAGGCGAUGGCGGCGGCGGCUGUGGUGGAGGAACCGGAGCCGGUGCUGGGGCGGCUGGAGGAGGAGGCGAGGAGGCGGCAGGAGAGGCUGCGGGCUCUGAGGCAGCGUGCACUGCAGAACAAGAACAGCGGCGAGCCCGAGAGCAAGCAGUUCAGAAGAGACGAUGAAGAGGAGACCGUCAGGCACAAGGAGAUCAAACUGCGAAACUACGACCCCGAAGAUGAGGAACUGAAGAAGAGGAAGGUGCCCCCGGCCAAGCCGGCCUCAGUGGAAGACGUGGUGAAGGAGCAGCUGGAGGCUGCCAAGCCGGAGCCCAUCAUUGACGAAGUGGAUCUGGCAAACCUGGCCCCCAGAAAGCCGGACUGGGAUUUAAAGCGAGAUGUCGCCAAGAAACUGGAGAAGCUGGAUAAGAGGACUCAGAGAGCCAUUGCUGAACUGAUACGAGAAAGAUUGAAAGGGCAGGAGGAGGAGCUGGCGUCAGCAGUCGGGUCGGCAAAGCAGGAUGGAAGCGACUCCGACUGAAGAGCUGCACCCGGCAGCCUCGGGCACGGGCUCUGCCGGCAGCACUGAUCCCAUCGCUCUCAGGUAGAGGCGCCUCGCCGGGACACGCUGAAGCCCUCAAGUCCUGCCGGGCCUGGAGGAGAGGGGCAGAUCCAAGGAACACCGCUGUCCCCGCUGAGACUGUGGCUGGCUUACGAGGCACGUUUCACAGCCAGCCUUUUGGGACCACGAGGGGUUGACGGGAGCAGGACAGACAGCCACGUUAGCUUCGACCUAGGCUGGUGGGAGUUGGAGCAAGGAGGAUCUGGGCGAAAGAGUAGUGCUAGAGAAGGUAAAUUCAGGCCAACUCUCACUUGGUGGGCAAGCAAGAGCUGCCCACACAGAGCACUGCAGCCCCCAGAGAGGCACCUUCUGCAGAAGAGCUGCUGUAGCUGGCAUGCAGGGAACAACGAGGCCUCUGGCUCUGGAGAGCCUCUGGCUCUGAGUAUUUGGGAAUUUCUCAUCCAUGGUCAAACCCAGCACGUGCAGAGUAACCGCUGGAAGUGUCUGUGUGCUCAGGACCUGCUCUGUGCUGGGAAGAGCGUCCAGCUGAGAGGCUAACGUGCAGUUUGUUCUGUUCCUUGACGUUCCCAGACCCUCCAGGCUGUGCAGCAUGUGCCUCUCCUCUAUAAUGGACAAAGUUUGUUGUAAGAAAUCUUUUCAUAAUAAAAUGGUCCCGCAGAGGAAGAA